UACAGAAGCAAUAAGUUAGUGUUUAUGUAAAUAUAUUACCGACAUACCUCUUAUUAAGAUUAUUAGUUUGUUCUCUAACUCAACUUUGAUACUUUCAGAUCCUUUUUGAGCAUGUAUAACUCAUAUCAUUGCCUCCUAUAAACAUUUAUUCAAAUUAUUGUCACAUUUGUUACCAUAGCGACAAGCUAAAAAGAUUUGCAUACACGAGUGACCUUCUUGUAUAAAUAUUUUUUUACUAGCUUUAAGUGAUAUUUCUGACACCUUUCGGAUACAAAUUACCAAUUAAUUAAAAAGCGUACUAAGUCUUGUGUAUAUUAUAAUACUGUUAAAACUGCAUAAAGGUGAACAAAGUCUUAAAACUACGAUAAAACAAGUAUACAGUAUCUAUUGACUUAACACUGAUUACGUGGAAACAGGCACUUCAAAUAACUUUUCUGUUAUCAUGUGAGUAGACCUGAUACAUUUGUAUUAAAUAUAUGAAGUACAUACAUUACAAAACGUCGGCUUGUUCUGUACUAAGUUCUUGAUGAAACGCUAUGAAAAAAUAAAAUCGUAUUUCUAUAAUUUUGGAUUGUUAACUUGAGCGGUUAUAUGAAGUAACAUGUAAAGGUAAAUGCAUCUGGAAUAUUAACAAGAUCAUGAAGAAAUUUUUCGGACUGGGAAGAAAGAAGAAAUGCCCAGAAAAGACGGAUACGCCAGAAGCUCCGAGUGCAGAACAACAGGUGAUGCCGGAUGAUACUCAACCAGCGCAGGCAUCACCCAAAGUUCUUGUGGGAGCUAUUGAUUUCGGAACAACUUACUCUGGAUGGGCGUUCUCGUUUUUGCAAGAGUUUAAAAGUGACCCGACCAAAGCCUCUGUUAAAGUAUGGCACUCUGGGACAGGUACAUUGGCGACUGAAAAGGCACCGACUUGUAUCUUAAUUGAACCAGAUGGAAAGACAGCGGUCGCCUUUGGAUAUGAUGCUGAAAAUAAAUACAGAGAGCUGAUAGAUACAGACGAGAAUAAGUCAUACUACUUCUUUAGGCGUUUUAAAAUGACGCUUCAUAAAAAAUUAGGAGAGCGGAUAGAUCGCACCAUUACUCUGGAAGACGAAAUGGGAAAGUCCCUACGAGCACUUGACGUAUUUGCAAUAAUCAUUGAAUAUUUGAUUAAGGACAUGUUGCAAGACGUAAACAAACGAUUAGCAGGUAUCAUACAGGAAAGUGAAAUUCACUGGGUUCUCACUGUUCCUGCUAUAUGGACUGACGGAGCGAAGCAAUUCAUGAGAGAAGCUGCAGAGAAGGCCGGUAUUGACGUCUCGAAUCUGACAUUCGCUUUAGAACCGGAAGCAGCGUCCAUUUACUGUCGUCAUCUCUCCGUUGAAACUACAGUCGAUGGGUCAGAUGUCUCUGUAUCAAAGUUUAAAACCGGUACAAGAUAUAUGAUUUUAGAUGCUGGAGGUGGAACCAUAGACAUUACAGUUCAUGAAGUAGGCGAUAACGGAAUGAAGGAAGUUCAUGCAGCAACUGGUGGCGAUUGGGGUGGGACAAUGGUUGACAAGGAUUUUGAAGAUUGGCUUCUGAAGGUAUUCAGCAGGGAAGUUUACGAUAGGUUCAAAUCAGAAUUCACUGAAGACUGGCAAGAUUUUUGGAGAGAUUUCGAAAUUAAGAAGCGAUCGAUAACGCAUAACAAAACCCCCGCAAGAGUCAAUUUGAGGUUUCCUUUAUCGUUAAAAGAAGUAUAUACGUCAAUCAACGGAGACAGCAUUUCAGAUUCUCUUUCUUCAUAUCGCGAUCAGCUGACACUUCAAGGCGACAAAAUGAAAUUUUCAGCAGAAUGUUUCAGGUCUUUCUUCACGAAUUCUGUCCAAAAUAUCAUUAGUCAUGUAAAAGAUGUAUUGAAAGAAUGUAAUGUCGAAGCCAUUCUGAUGGUCGGCGGUUAUUCGGAGUCCCCCAUACUACAGCAUGCUGUGCAGACUGCAUUCCCUGAUAAAGAUAUCGUCUUGCCUCGAGAAGCAUCGUCCACUAUUUUGAGAGGUGCACUGAUAUUCGGGCAUAGUCCAAGGUCGAUUUCUGAGCGUGUUCUUAAAUACACAUACGGCAUUGAAAUCUGCAUGCCAUUUAAAGAAGGAAAGCAUCCUGAAUCCAAAAGAGUCGUGUAUGAUGGCGACAGUAAGUGCAUAGGCAUUUUUGAUAAACUUGUUGAAAAGAACCAAGCCGUUAAAGUUGGAAAAGCUCAAGCUCGAAAAAUGUAUAAUCCAACGGCUAUUAAUCAGUCCGUCAUACCUAUCCGUUUCUUCGCAUCGAACAUACUCGAUCCACAAUAUGUCGAUCAGGACUGUUUUGCUGUUGGAGAAUUAACCGUAGAGAUUUCUGACCCAGAUGACGAUCUAAGUCGUGAACUAUUUAUUUCACUUUCAUUUAGUGGUACUGAGAUAGUGGUAGAGGCGGAAGACAAAAAAGCUGAGAGAAAAUUUGUGACAUCUAUUAACUUUUUAGGUUAACAUCUGCUUCAAACCUAUGCUACUUUUGUUAUUUUGUGAUUAGAGAAUAGUAUUUUGUAUAUAAUGUGAUUAAAAUAAAAACUGCUUGCAUAAUAAACACACGAAUUUGGAGACUUACGCAUCCAAACUUUAUAUUUAAGGCGUGUGUUUAGAUUGUUUAAAAAACCUUGUCAUGUAAAACAAAGUCACUUAUUUAUGUGUUUAAAAUUAUAUAUUUAAAAAAUAGUCAGUGAAAGACUGUCUUGAUCAAGGCAGGAGUCACACUGUGAAAAUAACUCAAGUAAAGCUAUUUCAAUUCAUUACUGCUCGUUUUGCUAAAGAUUCUAUUUCUGCUGUGAUAAUAUGCUCAAUUAAAUAUCUUUGAUUGCUUUAAUAACAAAAUUAUUCCUCUUAUAUUUUCACAUAUGUAUUUUCUAAAUAGCUGUUAAAUCUAUGUGUACCUUGUGGCCAAGUGGUUCAGGUAUCCGCCUCAGGUUGUCUGGAUCCCACUAGGAUUGUUCCAAUACGGCCGGUUCAUACACCGCUUGCUUACAUUAAAAUGUUUACUGAAUGCCAGGUAAAAAUUCACAGACCGUAAAAUGACUGGCCAUUUGACACAAAAAAAUACCUUAACUUUUAAUAUUUUGUUUCCUAUACACUUAUUUUAAUUAUCACUGGACUCCGGCUUCAUGAUUUUACGAUUAUUUUCCUAACAUUUUCAUACAAAUUAGAUUUUCUACAAUGCAGACAAAAAUGAAAACGUAGAGGUCAUUACCUGUUAGCCUUAUUAACGUACAUAUUUAUGCGAUAUUUUACAGAAUGACAAUAGAAUUAUUAUCUUGAUUAUCGUUUUGCAUAAAAAUAUUACGUCGUGUUUUGUAAUUUGGUAACGAUAAAGAGACAAAUUAAUUCUC